UCUGUCAACGAACGCCACACAUCGACAGUCGGAAAACUCCCUAAAACGAAACAGUCUCAGCUGCUUCUUGACUAAAUCAAACCACGGGAAACAGCUAGCUAGGAAAAUAUUAAUUUGUUUACCAUUCCGCUGUAUGGAUAAGUAAUUUGCUAGCUUUUUGAGCACAAAGUGUAAUCUACAACUAAACAUGGAUUUCAACGUCAAAAGGUUAGCAGCUGACGCCGGUACUUUAUUCAGUCGUGCGGUUCAAUUUACAGAAGAAAAACUUGGGCAAGCUGAGAAGACUGAGUUGGAUGCUCACCUGGAGAACCUUCUGUGCAGAGCAGAAUGCACCAAGCAAAACACAGAGAGAAUCAUGAAGCAGACAGAGGUUCUACUACAACCAAACCCAAAUGUCAGAAUAGAGGAAUUUCUGUACGAGAAACUGGAGAAGAAAGUCCCCACGCGGAUGAACAACCACGAGAUGCUUGGCCAGUCCAUGAUCGAGUCGGGGAGUGAGUUUGGCCCUGGAACGGCCUAUGGAAACGCACUUAUUAAAUGUGGCGAGACGGAGAAGCAGAUUGGAGGAGCGGAGAGAGAGUUCAUCCAGAGCUCAGCCAUCAACUUCCUCACGCCGUUCAGGAACUUUCUAGAAGGAGACUUCAAAACCAUCCUGAAAGAACGGAAGCUUUUGCAGGUGAAGCGUUUGGAUCUGGACGCGGCAAAAACCAGGCUAAAGAAAGCCAGAGUCGCCGACGCUAGAGCAGUGGCAGAGCAGGACCUGAGGAUGACCCAGAGUGAGUUUGACAGACAGGCGGAGAUCACCAGGCUGCUCCUGGAGGGGGUCAGCAGCACCCAUGCACACCACCUCCGCUGUCUGACUGACUUUGUAGAGGCCCAGACUACAUACUAUGCCCAGUCUUACCAGUACAUGGUAGACCUCCAGAAGCAACUGGGGAGCUUCCCGUCUACGUUCUCCUCCAACAACAACCAGUCGUCUAGUAGUUCUGGUGGGGCAAGUAUCUCAGUACCCACCAUCCCCUUGUCUGCCUCCAUGCCCAGCCCCUCUCCUGGCCGGGGCUUGUCAGGCUUCAGUGAGCUCCGGAGCUCCAGCGGCAGCCGCAAAGCCCGCGUUCUCUACGACUACGAUGCUGCCGGCAGCAGUGAACUCUCCCUGCUCGCUGAUGAGGUCAUCAUGGUGAGCAGUGUCCCAGGCAUGGACUCUGAUUGGCUGAUGGGUGAGCGGGGUGCCCAGAAGGGUAAAGUGCCCAUCACCUAUCUGGAGCUGUUGAACUGAUCAGAGCGGAGUGCUGUCUGUAUGUGGGAGAGACUCCAGAGAGUCCAGACUGCGGGGCCAAUAUUCAUAAUGCAUCUCAGAGUAGGUCCUAGGAUCAUUUUUACAGUUUAGAUUAUAACUAUAUGGACAGGUGGGAUAUGAUUACCUGAUCCUAGAUCAGCAGUCAUACUCUGAGACGCUUUGUUAAUACAGGCACCAGGAUCCAGAGGAAAGCAACAAGCAAGCCCAGAGUAGUAGAGCUGGGAGCUCCUAUUUAUACUGUCGACCACGGGAUGGGGUCUGCUCCAUGCUCAUUCUGUCAAUUCAAUUAAUCAGGAGAAUUGUAAGUCAGUUAAAAACAUUGUGAAUUUAAUUUCAGUUCGUCAAAGGAAUUGGAUGGAUUGAAUUGGAACUGACCCUAUCCCUGCCGUGCCAUGUACAGUAUGCAACUAACUAUGUUUAUACAAGCCGCUUCGAUGCCUGUUUUUCUCUCAAUGUAAUCUUAAUUCAAUAUGUGCCAGACUUUCUCCACAACCUUCCAUAUGUACAACCAAACCUUUUGUUUACAAUACAAUUCAGAUGGUGAUCUUAAAGUGCUUUUUGAUGUGAUUUCUUUCUACUCACUGCCAAUUAUAGUCCAGUUUGUAAUAUGGGUGAAAUGCUAGGCAUGUCUUUUUUAAUAUUUUUAACAAGAGAGAAAAGCACUUAAUUUGCAUAGGACGACUGAAAGUUAAGAUUCUUUUAUUUUUAAGUAUUAUUUUGUAGAUCAUAAUCAUAUGAUCAUCUUGAAUUGUAGCUACUGGUUGCCUUUUGACAGUUACACAGUGCCUUAUGUGAAACUGACAGACUUCCUCAGUGGAACCUUAACCAUGACAGAAUCAGGGCUAUAAAGUUCCAGGAAAAUUCCAUUAGAUUACAGUGUGCAGUUAGAAUGGGGAAGGUCUUAAAUUUCAUUAAGGAUUGUCUGGCACGGCUAGGAGAGGCAUGUGCCUCUGAUACUGUCUCAAUCUGACUGAGGUAUCUGGAGAGAUGUAUCGCUCUCUGAUGUAGGGGUGGGUUAAACAGUACAGUUAACCCUGUAAGACCCUGUUAUAAAUGCCAUAACUGUAGCUACCCAGUAAAGUAUUUGUUAAUAAGAAACCAUUUCAAACAAUCCUAUUUCUUAAUAUUGACCCCUAAUCUAUAUUUUAUUUACAUUAUCUGAGAAUUAGGGACCAACAUUUUCACUGUCAGCAACAUUAUUUUAGGAAAGCACAUCGACUUUAGGUAAGCCUUUUUAUUUCAUUCAUUCAGUAGUAGCAACUCUCAAGGAGCCUCAGGUAUUCUCUUACUGCUUCUGAUUUGAUUAUACAAUAUGGUUAAUUAGUCAGUUUAAUAUGGGCUGUCCUCAGUGCUCUGCGGCAUGUGGCUAGGCUUUAUGUUUACUUUGAUGGGCAACAGUGCCUUAAUGGAAAGCAAGAGGUGGUCUUCAUUUUUUCAGUACUUACAUGUAGUGUGUAACCAACCAGAUGCCCCCCCACAACUCCUAUGCACGCACGCACACACACACCAAUGGAGGCUGCUGAGGGGAGAACGGCUCAUAAUGAGGGACGGAAGGUAGCAAAUGGAAUGGCCUCAAACACAUAGAAACCAUGUGUUUGAUGUAUUUGAUACCAUUCCACUGAUACCGCUCCAGUCAUUACCACAAGCCUGUUCUUCCCAAUUAAGGUGCCACCAACCUUCUGUGACACACAAACACAAACAAACUAGUUCAUUGGGGAGGUUAAAUUAUAUAAUGGCUUAUUGCUGCUUAUUGUUUUUUGUUUUUUUACUGUAAUCAUAGAAUUGUAAAGAAUAUAUGCAGUAUGGUAUUAAAGUAAUAACAUUUUG